AAUACCUAAAUCUACCGAAAUACUGCUAACUUUAUAAUUGUAGUACUAUACUUUUCUACCCCCACAUGGCUAUCCCACCAAUCCAGAUUUGAACCCAUGCCCUAUUGUUGACGUGUUCAAUAAAUUAGGUACUUUAAAAAUGAAGGUUGAAGAAAUGAGUUACUAAUGAAGGUUUAUUGAUUUCACCAAAAUAUGCUUCGGGCUGUACUAAGUUGAACACUCCAUCAAAGGAAGUAAUUUUAUGUAAGAAUCUUGAGGUGCCAUUUCCAGCAAGCUUAUAUCGAACCAAUCCCAGGAUUCAGAGCUCUAGUGGUCCAAUAAUUUAGCCUCCUUUUUCUGCCAUAAAUUUGGCGAAAAAGGGUCUGAGCUCAACAAUGGCUACUGCAAAUCAAAAGGGUGUUCCAGAUAAUCUCAGAAAGCAGCUUGCUCUUGCAGUUAGAAGCACCCAAUGGAGCUAUGCAAUUUUUUGGUCUUUUUCUGCUGAACAAUCUGGGGCAUUGGGGUGGAGUGAUGGGUACUACAACGGAGAUAUUAAGACAAGGAAAACGGUUCAAACCGUAGAGCUGAACUCAGAUCCGCUGGGAUUGCAGAGGAGUGAUCAGCUAAGGGAGUUGUUUGAGUCUCUUUCAUUAGGUGAGACCACCCCACAACCUAAGAGGCCUACAGCUGCAUUGUCCCCUGAAGAUCUCACUGACACUGAGUGGUAUUUUCUCGUGUGCAUGUCGUUCGUGUUCAAUGUCGGCCAAGGGUUGCCUGGGAGGUCGUAUGCAGAAAACGAGACAAUCUGGCUACGCAAUGCUCAUCUUGCAGACACGAAGCUCUUCUCUCGUUCUUUGCUUGCUAAGAGUGCAUCUCUGCAGACAGUAGUGUGCUUUCCACAUUGGGGAGGUGUGGUUGAGCUCGGAACAACUGAACUAGUUCCAGAGGAUCGCAGUCUGAUUGAGCAUAUAAAAACUUCGUUCUUGGAGAGUUCUUCCGAUGCUGUCAUCAAUCCGAGCCAUGAACUUGUCUAUCAAGUUCUCAAUCACUCUGACAUCCCCGAAAACAAUCUUGAUGAAGUGGAGGUUUAUUCUCCCGACACCAGCUCAGAUGAAUUCGCAGACAAUGUGCUGAUAGAGGGAUCAAGUUUAGCAGACGGCGCUGAUGGGGAGGCAUCUCAGUUGCAAAGCUGGCAGUGCAAGGACGAUGCUGACCCGGUCAGCAAUGGCACGAACAACUCCACGAGCUCUAGUGACUGCGUGUCUCAGAUUCAUGGGAAUCUGGAGGUGAAAAUCCAGGAAUCCGAUGGAAAGAAGGCGGGUGAUGCUAACUGUGUGCCCGUAAGUCAAGAAUGCAACCAGCAGAAAUCGCCUAGCUUCAACGGUGGUGGUGGCGGCGGCGGUGGUGGUAUUGGUGAUGUUCAUUAUCACAGUGUAAUUUCCAGCCUUUUGAAGAGCUCCCACCAGCUGAUUCUGGGGCCUUACAGAAACGGUAAAACGGAAUCGAGCUUCAUCAACUGGAAAGACAGGAAAUUGAGUCAUCGAUUACCCCAGAGCGCCUCGCCACAGAGGUUGCUAAAGAAAGUGCUGUUUUCAGUAGCUAGAAUGCAUGAAAAUGCCCAGAUUGAAUCUGCCAAACACAAGGACAGAUGUGAUGACCAAUCCGGACAGCAAGAAGGCGAGGAAGUCGAUAGGAACCAUGUCCUGUCCGAGAGGAAACGGAGGGAGAAAAUCAGUGAGAGGUUCGCCAUUCUCGGAUCACUAGUUCCAUCUGGUGGCAAGGUUGAUAAAGUAUCAGUACUUGAUCACACAAUAGAGUAUCUGCGAGAGCUAGAGAAAAAGGUAGAAGAUCUGGAAGCUUACAAAGAAGCAACAGAACGAGAGUCGACCACGCAGAGCAAGGCUCACGAUGCCAUCGAGAGGACCUCCGACAACUAUGGUCAAAGCAAGCCUGGCAGCUUCACGAAGCUGCUUGGGAGCAAGAGAAGAGCUAGUGACAUGGAGAAAACUGCACCCGAGAAUAAGAGGACUCGGUCGAGCUCAUCUACAGACAGCAUAACCAUCAGCAUCACAGACAAGGAUGUGCUGGUUGAGAUGAGAUGUUCUUGGAGGCAAUGUGUGUUGAUUCAAGUUAUGGAAGCUUUGACUCAACUGAAUCUGGAUUCACAAUCUGUUCAAUCUUCCAACACUGAUGGAAUUCUCUCCCUCUCUAUCAAUGCCAAGAGCAAGGGAGUGAAAGGUGCGUCAGCUGGUGCAAUCAAACAAGCUCUUCAGAGAAUUAUCAAAAAGAUUUGAAGAUCAUGCUGGCAAUUUUGAGAUGUGGUACAUUUUUUUUGUUGUUGUACAAAGUUGUAUAAAUAACUUCAAUAUUUUGCAGGGAGAUUUCUAGUGUUAUUCUCUAGCAAUGAUAAUGUAAAAAGAAUCAUUUAAUUUUUAUUAUUUUCCCUCUCUA